UGAGUUAGCUUUUGGGCCGCGUUGCUUCUAGCGUCCCGUUCCCCUUGUUGCUAGGGUUUCCGGGUAGGGUUUUCAGGGUAAUCGAUUGUCCGCAGACGUAAAUUGUCGGUUUUGGAACUGCUCCCUUACUACAGAACUACAGAAGGUACCCCUGGAGCCGAGGCAUCUCAUUUUGGAAUUCGCUAAAUGGCUUCCGGCGUCACCUCCCAGGCUUCGGCUUUGAAGAGAAAGGAUUCGGCACCGACGAGGGAGGGAGACCAGUUAAUCAUAACGCCGUUGGGCGCCGGUAAUGAAGUGGGGCGCUCCUGCGUGUAUAUGUCAUAUAGAGGAAAGACAGUUUUGUUUGAUUGUGGAAUACACCCAGCGUACUCCGGGAUGGCCGCACUUCCAUAUUUUGACGAGAUUGAUCCUUCAACCAUUGAUAUACUCCUCGUUACACACUUUCAUCUUGAUCAUGCUGCAUCCCUUCCAUAUUUCCUAGAGAAGACCACUUUCAAGGGAAGAGUUUUCAUGACUCAUGCAACAAAGGCUAUAUACAGACUGCUUUUGUCCGACUAUGUUAAAGUGAGCAAAGUUUCAGUUGAGGAUAUGUUGUAUGAUGAGCAAGACAUACUUCGUUCCAUGGAUAAAAUCGAGGUUAUUGACUUCCACCAGACGGUAGAAGUGAAUGGAAUUCGUUUUUGGUGCUACACAGCUGGUCAUGUCCUUGGAGCUGCCAUGUUCAUGGUGGACAUUGCUGGCGUCAGAGUUCUUUAUACUGGUGACUAUUCUCGUGAAGAAGACCGCCAUCUCCGUGCUGCUGAAAUCCCACAAUUCUCUCCUGAUAUAUGCAUCAUAGAAUCCACCUAUGGCGUGCAGCUCCACCAGCCCCGUGUUAUUCGAGAGAAACGCUUCACAGAUGUGAUCCAUUCAACCAUCUCUCAGGGAGGACGAGUGCUUAUUCCGGCAUUUGCCCUUGGGAGAGCCCAGGAGCUCCUCCUCAUCUUGGAUGAAUACUGGUCCAACCAUCCUGAACUUCACAACAUCCCCAUCUAUUAUGCCUCCCCGCUUGCUAAGAGAUGCAUGGCUGUUUACCAGACGUACAUCAAUGCAAUGAAUGAGAGGAUACGGAACCAAUUUGCAAACUCAAAUCCCUUUGAUUUCAAGCACAUCUCUCCUUUGAAAAGCAUAGAAAACUUUGAUGAUGUCGGUCCGUCAGUGGUGAUGGCGAGCCCAGGUGGUCUCCAAAGUGGUCUCUCUAGACAGCUUUUUGACAGGUGGUGUACAGAUAAGAAAAAUGCUUGUGUCCUGCCAGGUUAUGUUGUGGAAGGGACACUGGCAAAGAUCAUUAUUAAUGAACCAAAAGAGGUGACCUUAAUUAAUGGCCUCACUGCUCCUCUAAAUAUGCAGGUAUAUUACAUCUCCUUCUCAGCUCAUGCAGAUUUCGCGCAGACAAGUACCUUCUUGAAGGAACUUAUGCCUCCCAACAUAAUUCUUGUCCAUGGAGAAGCCAAUGAGAUGGCCAGGCUGAAGCAGAAGCUCAUCACUCAAUUUGCUGAUCAAAAUACAAAGAUAAUCUCCCCAAAGAAUUGCCAGUCCGUUGAGAUGUACUUCAGCUCUGAGAAAAUGGCCAAGGCAAUAGGAAGGCUGGCUGAAAGGACGCCAGAAGUUGGCAGUACUGUCAACGGAUUGCUGGUUAAGAAAGGCUUCACUUACCAGAUUAUGGCAUCUGAAGACCUCCAUGUUUUCUCUCAGCUGUCCACUGCAAACAUCACUCAAAGGAUCUCUGUUCCUUAUACUGGUGCUUUUGGAGUCAUAAAACACAGAUUAAAUCGGAUAUAUGAAAGUGUGGUGUCCCCACAAGAGGAGGCAGACGUGCCAACAAUUAUUGUUCAUGAGAGAGUAACCAUAAGACAUGAGUCGGAGAGUCUUGUGAGUCUGCAGUGGACUUCUGAUCCGAUCAGUGAUAUGGUAUCGGAUUCUGUUGUGGCCUUAAUCUUGAACAUAAACAGGGAAGGUCCUAAAGUAAUUAUGCCUGCGGUGGAGAACAACAACAACAACAACAAGAGGGAGGAGGAGACUGAAAGGAUGGCGCAGAAGGUGACAUUUGCUUUGCUUGUAUCCCUUUUUGGUGAUGUGAAGGUUGGGGAAGAAGGGAAGCUGGUGGUCACGGUUGAUGGGGAUGUUGCUCGUUUGGAUGGGAAGAACGGUGAUGUUGAAUGUGAUAAUGAGGCUCUCAAGGACAGGGUGAGAACAGCAUUUCGUCGCAUUCAAAGUGCCGUGAGGCCGAUCCCGCUAUCCGCAUCUUGAUCUACAAAGUAAUUUAUUUUAUUAUAUAUGUUAACUGGAAACUGAAACUUGUUAACCAGCAGAUAGAUAGUUUCAUUUUUGUUCCUUGAGCACUUUGGUUGUUAGUGAAGGAACUGCGAGUCAUGUCGUGGCAACAUAUAUAAUUUAAAAAGCACCGAGACUCAAAAA